AUGGCUUCAUCUUCUUCCUCUCUUUCCAGAAUCUCAACUCUCCAGAAUCAUAUCUCCCCUCUUGAAGCCCACAACAAGCUUAGGAGUCUGGUCAAGAUAUCUCCACAAGUGUCUGAAGCCAUAUCCAAUGGACGUGCUGUGGUCGCUCUUGAGUCAACCAUAAUCUCACAUGGGAUGCCUUACCCUCAGAACCUGCAAACAGCGAAAGAGGUUGAGUCCAUUGUGAGAGAAAAUGGAGCAGUUCCUGCAACAAUAGCUAUCUUGAACGGAGUUCCUUGCAUAGGUCUGAACGAAGAAGAACUUGAACGUCUUGCAUCUCUUGGGAAAAGUGUCCAAAAGACUGCAGGCAGGGACAUACCACAUGUUGUGGCAACAAGAGCAAAUGGUGCAACGACGGUCUCUGCAACUUUGUUUUUCGCUUCAAUGGUUGGCAUCCAAGUCUUUGUAACCGGCGGCAUAGGAGGUGUGCAUAGGCAUGCAAACCAUACUAUGGACAUAUCAUCUGAUCUUACUGCACUCGGAAGAACUCCUAUAGCAGUGAUAUCAGCAGGGGUUAAAUCAAUACUUGAUAUUCCAAAGACCCUUGAAUAUUUGGAAACUCAAGAAGUGUAUGUUGCUGCAUACAAGAGCGAUGAGUUUCCGGCUUUUUUCACAGAGAAAAGCGGCUGUAAGGCACCUUCCCGUGUUGAUAGCCCUGAAGACUGUGCUCGAGUAAUAGAUGCAAACAUGAAGCUAAACCGUAAGGCGGGGAUUCUAUUUGCUGUUCCAAUCCCGAAACAGCAUUCAGCUGCCGGAAAUCUUAUCGAAUCAGCAACACAGCGUGCUCUUACAGAAGCAAGGGAACAAAACGUUACUGGAAAUGCAGAAACUCCAUUCUUACUUGCACGGGUGAAUGAGUUAACUGGAGGCACGUCACUUGCAGCAAAUAUUGCACUUGUGAAAAACAAUGCCCUUAUUGGUUCUCAGAUUGCAGUAGCGCUUUCUCAGCUGAUGUGA